AUGGCAGACUGGGCAGACAGAGUACAUCCAGACACACUGGUUCUAUUCGACGUUGAUGGUACAUUGACUCCUGCUCGACUUGGAGUCUCACCAGCAAUGAAGCAAAUGCUCGCAGAUCUUCGCAAGCGCGUGGUGAUUGGUUUUGUUGGUGGAUCUGAUUUGGUCAAGCAGCAAGAACAGCUGGGUGAAGAUGGUAAUGAAGCCGAGCUUAAUGCUGUUAAUUCUAUACAUAUGUUUGACUUUUGCUUUUCCGAGAAUGGUUUGACUGCAUAUCGGAAGGGGGAGAAGAAGGCUGCUGAGAGCUUUAUUGGAUGGCUCGGUGAAGACAAGUACAAGGCCUUGGCUAAUUUCAUUCUCCAUUAUAUUGCUGAUUUGGAUAUUCCUGUCAAACGUGGAACAUUUGUCGAAUUCCGUAAUGGUAUGAUCAACGUGUCUCCUAUUGGACGAAACUGCACUACACAAGAACGAAAUGAUUAUGAAGCAUACGACAAGGCACACAUGAUCAGGCCAAAGAUGGUGGCUGCCUUGAAAGAGAAGUUCCCAGAUUACGGAUUGACUUACUCCAUUGGUGGUCAAAUCUCAUUUGAUGUGUUCCCCACUGGUUGGGACAAGACGUACUGUCUGCGUCAUGUAGCCGGAGAAGGAUUCAAGACCAUACACUUUUUCGGUGACAAGACUUUUGAGGGUGGUAACGAUUAUGAAAUCUAUCAUCAUCCAGAUGUCACUGGACACUCUGUGAAAAAUCCAGAAGAAACAAUGGCGAUAUUGAAGAAGGAUUUCUUCUGA